AUGACAGAAUUGGCCUUCGCCAGACUGGGGACUAUUGUGCGCCUCGGCGAGGCGGUUCCGGACAUCCCGAUCGCGAGCGCAGUGGACUCAUCUUGCCGGUCACUGCCGGCGGUCGACAACUGCCCUUCGAGCAGCGUCGGGUACCGCCGGCAAGAUGAGGUCGAGGCGGAGAAGCGCGGCAAGGGCAAGAAGGGCAAGAAGAAGAAGAAGGGCGGCGGGAGCGGCGGCGCUGGGCCGUCGCAGGAUCCCGAGGCGCCGUCGGAGGCAGCCGCAGCCGAGGCCGCAAAGAAAGCCGAGGAGGCGAGAUUGAUCAGGCUUCUCGAGACGCUCCACGAGGAGCGGAUUCGGUACCGCAUCACGGCGGAGACGUCGGUCGAGGGGCUGGCCGAGGCGUUGGGAGAGGAGGCCGAGGCGGCAGGCGAAGCGAGCGAGGAGGAGGCGGCGGAGGCGGGUGAGGAGGCAGCCUGGGUGGCAGCGGAGGCGCGCCGGGAGGCCGAAGGCGAGGCGGACGCUCUGGCAGCGGCAGAGGAGGAGGCGGCUGCCGCGGCGGCGGCGGCGGCGGCGGCGGCUGCGGCUGCGGCGGCGGCUGCGGCGGCGGCGGCGGUGGCAGAGGCGGCGGCUGCGGCGGCGGCGGCAGAGGCGGCGGAGGUGGCGGAGGCGGCACUGGCUGCCGUCAAGGCGAGGCGCGCGUCAGCGGCCGCCGCGAGGGCCAAGGCGAAUGCCGACUAG